AUGGCGCUCCCGCCCGGUCUCCAGCAAGGGUUCGCGAGCCUCAGCUUGCAUCGAGGAGCACCCUACGACCCUCGACUCGUUCAAGGAGCGCACGCGACGCCGCCAUCGGCUCCGUCUCUCUACUCGUCGGGAGUGGUUCACUCGAUUGAACGCACGACCCAAGACCACGCGUCGUCAUCGUCUCAGACAAGCACCGCGGCCCCAACACCUCCCCUCGUGGGCCGACGAGGACUCUCAGCGCGCGAACUGUACGCCAGUGCAUUGCCGGCGACGCGCACCUCCGUCACUGCGCGCGAUCUCUACGCAAGCGCUCUGCCAGCCACGUCUGCGCCCACGCCUCCUCCUCAAACGCAUGCUCCACCCAACGUAGCACGCGCACCUGCCCAGAUCGAGACGAGUUCGCCGCAGCCGAUUACCACAUCGAGCGCCAGCACCGGAAACGAUCAGUUUACACGCACCCAAUCCCGAACAUCUAUCGCCCCUAACGCAGCACCCGCGUCCGUUGACAGAUGGCCACCUCUUAACUCCGCACCCGCAAGCCCACCACCGGCUUCAAACUCACCCUACGCCGCGUCCCCACCACCCCUCGUACCUUCAUCUUCGUCCGCCUCCUCAUAUUUCCCUCCACCCGCCGACGAACGGGACGGUACUUCAGACCUCCCGCCGCCCACCUUCGAAGAGAGUCUCUCCUCCUCCGGCUCGGUCUCCGUCCCGCCCGAAAAGCACGCCUUCUACGUCGCGAACCAGGACCCGGACGGCCACGCCCCACAGUUGGCCGUAUUGCAGCCUUCAACGAGUGAUGCGAACGCUGGACCGUCAACCGUUCGCCCCCUCCCGACGCCUGGCGCGCAAAGCCAAACCCAAGCGCAAGCGAGCACCCCGCCUGUAUCAGGGCCCACAGCAAACGGCCAAGCCCCGACUACGAGCAGCCCCUCGCCGCCUCCAGCAGCCUCUGAAGCUAUUACUGCAACGCCCGUUCCCGCACCAGCUUACGCGCCUCCCCUGCCCUCGCGUUCCGGGCCCUCAUCGUCGUCCCCUCCCCCAGCGUCGUCCCGCCCACUCGGCGCGCUCGAGAAACGCGCGAUGCACGCGCAGCGCAUGGUCGUCGUCAACCAAACCGAUCCUGAUCCCGCACCCGCACCCGCACCCGCACCCGAGCCUCAAGCGCAAACGCCUCCGGAAGCGGAGCCCCGUGGGUCAGGUUUUCUUCAGAAACGCUCGAUCCACGCCGCACGGCUGACGGACCCAGCGCCCGCGCCCGCCUUCCAACACGGCUCUCAACCGCAACCUCAGGUCGAACCGCAGUCCCCUCGCACGCCAGGAGUCCUCCAGCAGCGCUCGAUCCACGCAACGAGGCUCUCCAUGUCGUUCUACAGCGCGGACGUCGCGCAGUCGUCCGGCGCCUCUCCCGGUUCCUCUCCAGCUCCGCCCCCGCUCCCGACGCGCAGGACCGGAUCCAGCGCGCGUCCGUCGUCGUCGCACUCGCAGUCAGGCUCGUUCGCGUCGCAGACGCCCCCGACGAGUCCGCCGCCGCUUCCCCAGCGCUCCCAAGGCGGCCCUCCCUCGUCUCCGCCCGCGGACUCGCGUAACUCGCGCUUCAUCACGCCCUUCAGAUUUCCCGCCUCUCCCCCUGCGUCUGCCCCUCCCGGACCUAUAUCGGAUCCCAUGUACAGCAGCGCUUACGACUCGUCCCGAGCGUCGCCACCAGCAUCUCAGGACGUGCCGGCUGCGCCUGGUCUUCUUCUUUACCCCACGACCUCGACGCGGAUCACCAACGUGCCCGACUUUGCCAUCACCAGAUCGCAGCACCAAAACACGGUCACCGCUCCUGUCCCGCCACCCUCCGCCCCGCCCGUCAUGCAACACAGCGCGCCAGGGAUGAGCCCGAGCCCCGGUACACCCUCCUUCCAACCGUAUCUCCAACCCCAAGCUACCGGUUCUCCGCCGCAAUCCCAGUCGCCCCAGACGACCGACCGCGGCCUGCUAUCCGACAUGGGCAACGCCGUGCGCAGAAACCCCAACCUCGUCGGCGGCCUCUUGGGUGGCGCUGUCGGCCUCAUGACCGGCGCGUACCUCAACUCGAAUGAUGGCAGCGGGAUUACCGACGUCGUGAGCAACGCUGCCGCAGGGAUGUUUUCUAGCGGCAGCGACAACAGCGGGAUCGUCGACGCUGUGAGCAACGCCGCCGCGGGCAUGUUUUCCGGCGAUAACGACAACAGUGGCUACACGUACGAUCAAACGGACUAUUCCACAGGUGGUGGAGGAGGAGGAGGCGGGCUGUUCAAUGGGCUGGGGAACGUCAUCUCGUCUGUAGUUGGUUCAUCGGACAAUUCGGGUGGUGGAAACAGCGGCGGGAUUUUUAGUGGUCUCGGCGACAUGGUCUCGUCCGCCCUUGGCUCCUCGGACAACUCUGGAGAUAACAGCGGCGGUGGCGGUUAUGACCCGUAUUCGCAGCCAUCCUACAUCGACCAGCAGGAACAGCCCUAUUACGGCCCGGACCUCAGUCAAGACCCAAGCGCGGGUGCCUAUGGCUAUGGUCCGCAGGGCGACAUCGUGAAUAACACCUACGACCAGUCCUACGACCAGACGUACCAACAGACGUACGACCAGUACAUGCAGGACUCGCAGCAAGGGGCGGACCAACAGCAGCAGCAGUUCCAGCAGCAGCUCGCGCAGAUACAGCAACAGGCUGAUGAGCAGCAACAGGAGGCCCAGCACGAGGCGGCGCAGCAGCAGCACGAGAUGCUCGCGCAGUUGCACAAGUACGAGGAGCAGGCGGCGCGGUUGGAGGAAGAGCAGCGGCGCGCAGAGGCGCAGCGGCUGGAAGAGCUGAUGAAGAUGUCUCAGCAGCUGCAGCAGCAGGCGAACGCGGCCGCGGCGCACGAGCAGCAGGCGGAGAUGCAGAGGCUGGAGGAACUGAUGAAGUUAUCACAGCAGAUGCAACAGCAGGCCGCAGAGACCACGGCGCAGAAUGGCGGGGUCGGCGGCGCGUUCUCCACAGGCGGAGGCGCCCCGCAGGCGCAGAGCGGCUCUGGGUACGGCGACGGCGCGUAUCCCUCUCAGAACGGCCCAGGAUAUUCUCAGCCUGCACCUUCUAAUGGCUAUCAAUCGACGAGCUAUGGCGGAUCAAGUUCGAUCUCGAGCAACUUCGGCCAGUCACAGACAGGUGCUGGUUAUCAGCCGACGUCUUACGAAGACUCUACUACCCCUGCUUCAAGUUUCGGCGGGCAGGCCGGAUCGGCGUCGUCCCCUCAGCAUAAUCCUUCUCACCAGUCGCAACCUUCGUCAGGCGGGCAUCCACCGUCCUCUCACGGCGCUCCUUCGCCUCCCGGGCAGAGUAAUUCAGGAGGAAGCCAAUGGACGCCGAACCAUCCUGGGACCCACAACACGCAUCCGUCUGUGCAGCACCAGCAUACCGGCCCUUCGGGGGCACAUCAUUCGCCGCAGCAUCCCGGCCAUCCUUCGCAGCCUGCAGGUGGGACUGGCUACCAACCGACCAGCUACAACGCGCCGCAUCACGGAACCCAGCAACCCCAUAGCGCUCCCGCCAUCCCGAACCAUCAGCCGAACCACUCGGCCUCCCAACCACUGCACCCCGCCGGCGCCAGCCCCAGCUACUCGCCCUCUGCGUAUCCUGGUGGACAUCCGCCUGCUCAAACCCAUGCACAACCACAUCGCCCGCAUACCAACUCAUACCCAGGCCCUCAGGGCGCACAACAUGCAGGCGCCGGAAAUGCUCAUCACACGACCAGUCCCGUCUCGAGCGCAGCGCUAUCGCAUACACACACACCGCCUCAUCCUCAGCACAUGAACUCUUAUCCCCAGUACAACGCCCCGCAUACGACACAGCAACAUCAUCCCCCGGCCCACCUCCAGCAGCAUCCGCACGCUCAGACGCCUGCUUAUCAUCCUCAUAAUCAACCGCAACACCAUCCCAACUUCCAGACCCAACACCAUCCAAACCUUCAGGGUCAGCAUUAUCCGAGUUUCCAGGCCCAACACCAUCCAAACGUCCAGGGUCAGCAUCAUCCGAACAUUCACGCUCAACAUCAUCCGAACGUCCAAGCUCAACACCAUCCGAACAACCAAACCCAACAUCAUCCCCAGACUCAGACUCAACACCAUCCGCACGCCCAGUCUCAGCACUACCCACACACACAAACCCAGCCGCACCGACCCCCGCAUAUGCACGCGCAGUCGUACUCGCACCCCACGACGUACCAACACCCACCCGCGAACGUCCCCAAGCCGGACAGUACGCUGAACCAGCUCGGAAAGCUCGCUAAGGUCGGCGCACUGAGCCUGCUGAAGACCGCUGUCAGGCGAGAUAUCGCGUGA